AUAGCAUCCAAUCUUAGCUUCCUUCUCUUCGGAAACGGAAAACCAAACCUCAACUCCCAAGAACAAUCGCCUGGGGAACUUCUAGCUUCACCAAAGCUCACUCGAACACCACCCAGAUACUAGCUACUCUCUUGCACAAAGGAGUUUCAGUUUGAUUAUAAUCUAUAAUCUUGAAGGUAAAAGACUUCGGGUCCUAAGUUGUUACGUGCUGAUUGCAGUUCUUUGGAGAAGGGCCAAGGCUGAUUCAUUUCUGAUCCACCAACUAGCAGUGAGAAUUCUUAUUACAUAAAUCACCUAAUGCAAACCCCAUAGCAUGGACUCGCACCAGCUUUUUGGACUUGGAGUAACUGGUGCCGGCCUAUCCUUCACAUCAUCUUAUCCUGCUGUUCCAUCCAUACCUAAUAGACUGCUUGGGUCCUUGAAAUUUGAUUUAGGGAACUCACCUGAUUCACCCUUUUCAACUCAGUUUGAUACCGAUAGCCUCACAAAUUUAAGUGAGAGCCUGGAACAGCACAGUUCCACAGAGAAUCUCUCAGGAGUAAGCCCUUCCUGUAACUCUUCAUUAGAAACUAGCAGCUAUUAUCAUCAGUUAAAUCCUUCUCUGGACUGUCUUCGAGAAGAUCACAAGCUCGAUCCUAGUAUUCCGGCUUCUUUUUAUAUACAGGAUGCAAAUUGCAGCCAGAACAUAAGACACGCUUUAUUGGAAUUAGAGACUGCUUUGAUGGGGCCUGAUGAUGAUGAAGCCACUGCACGGGAAGUUAGCAGACCAGACCGAAGAUCUAGGUCAUGGAGCCUGGAGUCACGGGGGGUACAUGCAUCUCAGUCUCAACUAUCAUUCGUUUCUGGGCAUAUGCAGUCAGACGAAGUUGUUCAUGUAGAGAAACGUCACAAAGCGAUGGACGAAGCAUCUUUGCCGAGUUUCUCCCCAGGCAGUCUCAAGCAAUUGCUGAUUGCAUCUGCUAAAGCUCUCUCUGAGAACAGGAUGGAUAAUUUUGAUAAAUUGGUGGAAAAGGCUAGAGGUGCCGUGUCUAUCACAGGAGAACCUAUCCAGCGUCUUGGUGCUUACAUGAUAGAAGGGCUUGUGGCAAGAAAGGAAGCAUCUGGCACCAACAUUUAUCGUGCCCUUAGGUGUAGACAGCCCGAGAGUAAGGACUUGCUUUCAUACAUGCAUAUCCUGUAUGAAAUCUGCCCCUACUUGAAAUUUGGUUACAUGGCAGCCAAUGGGGCCAUUGCUGAUGCAUGCAGAAAUGAGGAUCGCAUCCACAUCAUAGAUUUUCAGAUUGCUCAAGGAGCCCAGUGGAUGACUCUCCUUCAAGCACUUGCAGCGCGGCCCAGAGGGCCUCCCCAUGUGCGAAUUACUGGGAUCGAUGACCCUGUUUCCAAAUAUGCCCGUGGUGAUGGGUUGGAGGCUGUAGGGAGGCGGUUGGCAGCGAUCUCUGAGAAAUUUAACAUCCCAGUUGAGUUUCAUGGAGUGCCAGUUUUUGCUCCAGAUGUCACGCCAGAAAUGCUUAAUGUCAGACCUGGGGAGGCUCUGGCUGUAAACUUUCCCCUGCAGCUCCACCACACUCCUGAUGAGAGCGUAGAUGUGAACAAUCCAAGGGAUGAGCUGCUGAGAAUGGUAAAGUCACUGUCUCCCAAGGUAGUCACUUUGGUGGAGCAAGAAUCAAACACAAACACAACCCCGUUCUUCCAUAGGUUUGUAGAAACUCUGGACUUCUACUUGGCAAUGUUCGAGUCUAUCGAUGUCACCCUUCCAAGAAACAGCAAAGACCGGGUAAAUGUGGAGCAGCAAUGUUUGGCCAGGGAUAUCGUGAACAUAAUUGCUUGCGAGGGGAAGGAGAGGGUGGAGCGCCAUGAGCUCUUUGGCAAGUGGAAGUCUAGAUUGACAAUGGCCGGGUUCUGCCAAUAUCCAUUAAGCUCAUAUGUAAACUCUGUGAUAGGGACCCUGCUGAGGUGUUAUUCAGAACAUUAUACGCUAGUGGAGAGGGAUGGGGCGAUGCUGUUGGGCUGGAAGGACAGAAACCUGAUAUCGGCUUCUGCCUGGCAAUGAUAAUAGCGGAGAAAGGUAUAAGAUGUAGCCAUGGAAAGACUGUACUUUUUCCAGGCUUGUGAUACUGACAUUGUAACAUGCCGUAGAAGGUGGGGGGAUACUGUAGCAUCAGCCGAUGGGCGGGUGCGUUGAAUAAUCUUGUGCAUUGUUGUCCAGUUUUCCAUCGGCUGUUUCAGUAGUAUAUUAGAGUUGUGUAUAUCCUUGUUGAUGGGGGUUGAUAAACUUGUAAUAGUAUUACUGCACGUGGCAAGCCAAGUUAAUUCGUUAUUGUUUAUAGUCUGUUGUUAUGGAACAAGGCUCUGUCAUUUGUGGUGUCUUGUUAUGUUAGGAAAAUAGGAGUCCCAUGCUAGUUAUCCAAUAAGCCACUGUUGGCUAUCAUAGCUUGUAAAGACACGCAGUUCAUCGAAUGGGUAGCAUUAGAAUGUAUCUUUACUCAAGUCUGUUUGUGAGGUGCGACUCCUCUUUUCCUUGAGAUGCCAUGAGACUCCCAUUAAUAUUGCCAGCCUCGAGACUCUAUUUUCAUAAA